UGCUCCUGUCAGUGGUGCAGAUGGGUGCCUUGCAUACACUGUGGGUUGGGCAAAUUAGCUGGAGGGGGCACUCUGGGUCUAGGCGUCUCAUUCAGUGACUAUAGCGAGUUUCAAUCUAGCUAUAAGCUGUGGCUAGCUGACGAAUUAACUCCCAUGAGAAUUGGUCACUCUCAAAAAUAUUUGUCUAGUUGCACAAACCCUACAUCUAAAGACUCUUUCCCUUAUAGACGUAUCACUUUUGAGUACUGCCGUGCUGGGAAGUCUCGAUUUAGAGGAAACGGCAUCCUAAGCAGGCAGAGGUAUCUUGCGACAGGAUGCCUAUGCAAGAUGUCUGUGAUGAGAGCAUCCACAUCGCGAGAUGCAGCAUCGACUUUUCGUGCACCAGCCCGAUGUUCGAGAGGCUUCACGUUCAACCUUGUAACCUUUCCUUUGCUUAAUAAAACUGAUCUAUACGACACCUUAGUCGUCACAUGGUGUCAGAAGUCGCCACAGACGUGACAGAAGGAGCGCCAAGACUCAAGAGCCCAUCGAGCGAACGUGAGGCAACCGGCCCCCCCGAAGCCGACACCGACAAUUCAAGAUGGUAGACAACGGAAUCCGACCACCGAAGCCUCUGGAGGUUUCAUCGCAGUCUCCGGAUACAGGGGACGACUGGCUCCAAGCGCACGACUGGUAUGCAAGUGCAGUUCAGAUGCACAAGACGACGGCGGAGGUCCAGGUCGCAAACUUUAUGACGGUAAUUGGUCCGGAAGCACAGAGCAUCUACAGAAUGUUCUCGUUCACCGAAGAAAAGAAAGACGUCGAAGCGGUGAGGCUGAAGUUCAAAGAGCAUUUCACACCGAAAACGAACCUGGCGUACGAGAGGUACAAAUUCAACAAAAUGAGGCAGGAAGGAGAGACCUUCACCGAGUUUCUUACAGCAGCAAGACUACAAGCCAAGAAAUGCCAAUACGGUGACUUGACGAACGAGCUCCUGCGAGACCGCCUCAUUGUGGGUAUAGCAAACGAUGACGUCCGAGAAAAACUACUCGGAGAUCCGGCAAUCGACCUGGAGAAGACUAUCCACAUAUGCAAAGCCAGCGAGCAAGCUAUGCAACAGCUGAAAAAAAAUCACCGCAAAGGAAACAGACAAAGCUGGACGCAACCGCUUGCCACCGUUUUACUGGUUCCAGACAUGCCACAUUUUAGUCAAAAGUAAGCAAACGUAAAACAAUGGAUUGCAAGCGUCCCAGCUGGUGCCUCUGUUGGCAAUUAUGCUCCCAUGCAUGUGAGGGCAACUUCGGCAGGCCUGCAGUUGCGCGUGCUUUGUCGCCCGAGCGGAGACAACGGCUGUUCGAUCGAAACCAAAAACCAUGCCACCGCUCUCCGUCAGCAAUUGAUUCCCAAAAUUGUAUACUAAAUGUAACUUUCGAGCAUACGACAAAAUACAGUCCAGCGGCGCGUGCUUGCUAGGCCGGCAAACAAAGUACAAACUAAACACAUAUAUAUAUAAAAAAAAAACUGAGAGCAUUGAUGCAAGACAUUGCGAGCCAAGAUCAAAAAGAUUUUGGAGCGCUUUGUGCAACGAUUGGACUCGAGACAAAUAAGCGCGCUGUGCGGGUUUAGCGUGCAGACAUUGCCUUAUUUGCUUUAGAUCAUUUUUCUUCACCAACUUUCUUUGACGGCAUAUUUUUUUACGUAUCGAAAGGAAGCCCACCGACAGAAACAUAGGUAAUGAAUACUUUGUUCGGCCCAGCAGUCUUUUGGUUAAAGAGGGAUUUUUUUUUUAAUAACGUAUGAUUUAAACAAGAACAGAAAUGCUGAUGAACAAGCGGUGGUACUUAGUUUCAUUUUAGAAAGCGUCGACGAGGGGACAGCAACACCCGAGGUCGCGCGACCACGGUGACUGGGAGGCAGGGAUUAAAUAUAGUUUUCCCACGGCCAUUGCUUUCUGGAGCAAGUGCUUCAAAUCACAAAGUAACUCCCGC